CCAUCAUUGCAGCUGCCAAAGAGCACAGCCAUUCAUCCAGCCGCCACCUGGCAAAUCCGUACGAGAAUUUCUGUCUCAAAUCCCCCUCGCCAACUGUAAUAAUUGGCCAACUCUGCCCUUGGCUCAUCGUUAUGUAUCCAUUUUUUCACCGAGGAUAGAAAUGUCUACAGAAGCAGGAAUCCCAGGUCUCAAAAAUCAGAAACCCCAUUCUUUUUUACCUUAUUACCCCCCUACACAUUUUGUGAAAAUCGAUCGUCAAGCCUCGUCAUUGUUCAUAUCUCUUAGCUCAGCAAAUCUCAUCAGCUCUUGAAUAUUCCUCUGUUUUCCGUUCUUUCCCCAGAAGAACCAGUCUUUUUUCUACAAUGGCGUCUGUCUCCAAGUUCCUAACUUUCAUGCUCAUUCUGAUGAUGGUGGCUCUGAUCUCACUUGCUCGUUUACAAGAUGGGGAAACAGUAGAUUUCGGAGGAAGCAUAGCCAGGGGAGCCAGAAAGGAUCUUGUAGGCAAGAAGGUGAACAAGCUGCCUGGUUUAGUAAUGGAGGACUCUGCCCGUGAAGUACCAACAGGACCCGACCCGCUGCACCACCAUGGUUCCCCUCCAAGCCCAUGAAAGAAGCACUCGGGUCGGUUUCAGAUUUUCGCCUGAUUGUGUGAGGGUUUUCGGUUUUGUCUCCAUUGAAGUGUUUCCAUAGUUAUAUUUCCAUCGAUUUUACUGACAGAGGCGGGUACAGUUUUUGUUUGUUACUGUUGUUGUUUGGUGGAAUUUCUAGGGACUUUAGCUAGAAACGAACAAGGAUUUUUGUCUGGAGGAAUGUAUUUAUGUCUCUGAUCUACAGCUAGAAAACAACACAAGGUUUCAAAAAGAAUGUCUUUCGAAAAUCUCCAUGGUUCUUUAGCUUCGAUUGCUUCCCCAUGUUGAUUCUUUGCAGCCGUUUGUUUUUCUUCUUUCGGUUGUUUAUAUCUUAGAUCCUUACAUUCAAGUGUUGGGCUCAGUCUACGUCUCUAAGAAACAAGUCUUGGAAACCAUCUAUGCUUAUUGGCAUGGUGUUUGUUUUCAGUUCUCAACGUCAAGACUACACUCAUUGAAUUCGAAAUUUAAGUUUGUUGUUUUUACUGUUCGUAACGCGAGUUAUACUAAUAUAUGGUAUAUCUUGUACAGUUGUACCUAACCCUGUGGUUAAAAUCAUUAAACUUUGAAUAGGAAGAUUCGUGAUUCAAAUCUGAUUGUCAUCAUUGCUGAGAAUACCACUCAUAAAAAGUAUCAAUAAUGUAUCUUACAUAUUAUCAUGAUUGAAUCAACCGUUAAUGUUUAUAAUUUACCUUAAUUUUGACGGUUCCAUACAUGUUGUCAUAUCGUAGGAAACCUAGUCAUACACCCGUAACUCCACUCGUACAAAAGUAAUCUUGAAGAGCUAAAUCAAGAAUGAAAAAAUCGUAUUGUACUGGCGGUUCGACUAGAAAAAUCUUUUACUGACAAGAGGUAUAUAACGGUUGAAUCACAAUUAAACCACAAUUUCAGCAUAAAAUAUUUUACCACUGACUUUUCCGAUACAACCACUAACCUUAUUUACAAUUGUUGAGAUAAAUGUCUAAAUGCUCUAUAAAAACAUCUCGUAAAUCAAAAUGAAGUGUACCAAAUUAGGGCUGAGAAUUGGUUCCGUUAAUCGAAACCACACCAAAAUUUCUUGUUAACCGCAAUCGAAAUGGAGUCAUAUACGCCAAUCGCGACCGCACCGCAAACGGUUUGCGGUUAAUCACUAACCGCAAAAUGCGGUUAACCAUGUUACUAACCAUUUUUAUGGUUGGGGGACAUUUUGGUCUACGGUUGUGCCACUGCAUCACGAUUAAUCACACUAACCGCGUUAGUAAUCGGUUAAAAUGCGGUUACAUGUUGUUCGGUUGCGGCAAAUCCAGAAACCGCAAAACAAGCAAUAUAGCUCAUCGCGACCGCAAAAUACCCUAUUUUUUGAUUUGCGGUUAACCACUAACCGCACGGUUUGAAGAAUAGCAUCAGAGCGAAUCCGUGAUCUGUAGCUUUCAAAAUCCAAGAAAAAUGGCCUUUCGAAAAAAAACUCCCCAAAAAUUACUAAAAUGUCAUCCGAAAAUUAAUUUGCCCAAAUUGUUGCUUAAUAUACUUAAUCAUUGGUGGAUAAUAGGAUCAAUAGACUUCAUUAUUGGUGGAGGAUAGCCUCAGGUUGAAUCCGAGAUUUGUAUCCUUCAAAAUUGAAAGAACAUGGCAAUUCAGGAAAAUCGCCCGAAAUAUGUGAUGGUACCCUUUCAAAGUCUGCCAAAAAUGGACCCGGAAGAAAAGCGUCCAAAUUAAUGCUUAAUGGACUUAAUCAUCGUUGAAGAACAGCCUCAGCAUGAAUCCGUGAUCUAUAGCCUUCAAAAUCUAAGGAAAAUGGUCAUUCGAAAAAACUCUCCCCAACAGUUACAAAAAUGCCAUCCGAAAAAGAAUUCGUCCAAAUCGGUGCUUAAUGGACUUAAUCAUCGAUGGAGAUAUGAUCAAUAGACUUCAUUAUCGGUGGAGAAUAGCCUCGGGAUAAAUCCUUGAUCUGUAUCCUUCAACAUUGAAAGAAAAUGGUAUGUCAGGA